AUUCCCAUUUUGCCUCAUUCACUUCAUUGCAUCAGGUGACACAUUGCAACAUAAAAGCUGGGAAGAGAAGCAGUUGAUGAGCCUACCCGGGGCACAAAUUUCCUCUAGUAUUUGUAAGGAUGGAAGAGCAGUAAAUAUAUAGGCUCUAGGGGUCUCAUAAACUGUAUAGAGAGCCCAGGGCUGGCUUGACGUGUACCGUACUGUAUUGAGUAAGAAAUGGCUCUCCGCUGGGCCUCGACCCAGGUUGCCCAGUAUGCAAGGAGAACAUGGGUUCAAUUCGUGGGACGAAAGUCGGGAAAACCGGUGGAAACCAUCCACAAAAAUGGACGUCCGAAUGGCGAGAGUCACCGAUUUGAGGCGAGGAGUCGGAACAAACCAUUUGAACAGAGGCAGAGUGAAUGUGAGUGGAAACGGAGGCUUGACGAAAUAAUUCGGCGACAGAAAUGUCAUGAAAAUUCGUUGGUCGCAAGAUGUCAACGGCUCUACUCACCAACUCUUCGGUUGAUGGGUUCAUUGCUUGCAAGAGGUGUCCCAGCCUAUGGUUUCGUUGGGGUCGUACUGGCAAAUGGUUCGAGAGGAGAUGUCGACGUGCAUGGGUAUGACAGCGUAUGCAGGACCAUUCAGAAUCUCAUGAUCGACAACACCUCAUUCAAGGCAGAGUUAGAGGACGACAUCAUUCCGUCAGAGUUUGGCGCCCGGUUUGCCGACUAUGAGGUUGGAAAGAUGAUUGGACAGGGGUGCAAUGCAGCUGUGUAUGAAGCGAAAUUAAAGGCAAAUGCGCCUUGUGACGAUGAGGAUGAUGAUGAUGACGGUAUUGAAGUUAUCGCAGAGUCGGAGGAAGAUUUUGAUACGGAUGCCCCAAAGACCUUCCCUGUUGAAGAAGAUGGGGUCACUGGGUAUGAUGUCUCUUCGAGGGAAGAUGUUUCAGUGUCGGAAGAAUCAGCUUCCUUCGAAAUAAUUUCUGGCGAAGAAGAUGAUAAUCUGUCUGAUGCACCACUGGACAUUGAACACCAGCAAGAAUACAACCUGACGAUAAAAGUUGCGUCGAACCAGGAUGCCACAGCCCUCAUAAGAAGGCAGAUCCAGUCAGAUGACGAUGACAGUUUUGAAGUUAUCCCAGAGUCGGAAGAGGACUUGAAUGCAGAUGCCCCAAUUUCGUUCCAGGUUGAGGAAGAUACGAUCACUAGGAUUGACCUCGCCUCUUCCAUCCCUGAUGUGUUUGAGUCUGAAAAAUUCGCUUCCUUCGAAAUCAUUUCUGAUAAAGAAAAUGAUGAUCUGUCGGAGGCACCAACCUGUGUCGAAGCAAACAUUGAUGACGAGAAGAAAUUUGAUCUAGCGAUAAAGAUUACGUUCAACUAUGGUGCUGCAUCAAACAGUCAUCAGAUUAUGCAAAAUUUCAAGAAGGAGGCGAUUCCGGCAAAGAUGGUGUCUCAGAACGCUGUGAACGGGAUGUGGGAAAACGGCCAUCCUGCAAAGAUGAAAUUACCAAAUAUUCCACCACAUCCAAACAUCGUCGACAUGCACACAGUAUUCGUUGGGGAUUUCCCUCUGUUGGCAGAGGCGUUGAUUGCCUACCCCAUGGCGCUGCCAGCCCGUCUCAAUCCCGAUGGAUGUGGAAGAAACAAGACCAUGUUUCUUGUCAUGAAAAAGUAUGAGACAACGUUGAGCAAUUUCGUAGAGAGCAGACAACUUUCGUCCGAAUCUUCCUGUUUGCUUCUCCUCCAGCUGCUAGAGGGUGUUCUUCACAUGUCAGACCAUAGAAUUGCUCAUCGGGAUCUAAAAGGGGAUAACAUACUCCUCGAUGUCAAGGACUCAGCUGGUUGUCCACGGCUUGUUGUAAGUGACUUCGGCUGUUGUCUGGCCUCUGAUAAUCUCAGACUGCCAUACUCGACAGAUGAAAUCAGCAUAGGAGGCAACCUUACUCUAAUGGCGCCGGAGAUUGUGACAGCAUCACCAGGGGUCGGGUCGGAUCUCGACUACAGCAAGACUGACGUUUGGUCGGCUGGGACUUUGGCGUAUGAAAUAUUUGGUCAGACGAACCCGUUUUACAGAUCUGCAGAUGGUUUACGACUCAAUAGCUACAGCUAUGACGAGGAGGACCUUCCACCUCUUUACAAUGCUCCAGAACCUGUCCAGAGAAUUGUGCGAAAACUUCUUAUGAGAGACCAAGAGGAGCGUCCUGAUGCAAAAACAGCUGCCAACAUGAUGCAGAUUGUUUUGUGGGGUCCGAAACAUUGGCUGGAAUCUAUACCACACAAGACGGACGUUGUUGACUGGUUGGUCGUCAUGGCAGCCAAAGUCUUGUUCAGGAGGACAACUAUUUCGGAUAACAUCGAGCUUCAAAUGAAGCAUCUUUUCUUGUCGCGGUUAGAUUUUGAUGAUAUCAUGGAAGCUUUGUAUGCUCUUCAAGCUGACUAAAAGUGAAUUGAACAAUUUCGAGAUAUAUAGCACAUGUAAUGCGAAACCGGUGAAGGGACAGUGCUGUAAUUUCUCUGCAGACAGAAGAGUUUUGGCUCUCAUUUGAUUUGGUAGAAAAUGUGUGUUAGUUUGCACAGUUCUCACUUAGCAUGCUUAGGAUAAGUAGAUUGUGGUCGGAGCCUGUGUUUGGCCUGGGCGUAAAAAGAUGUAUAUAGUAGGCCGAAACUUUGGUUGUGCAAAAUCUCCUUUAAGGAGGUCAGUUGUGAUUGGGACUGUAUUUAGUUUAAUGUUUUGCAAGGUUUUAAACAAACUUUGUUGGUAACAGAUGAACUCGGCAAUGGAUAAUUUGAAAAUUAUGUAAAAUAAUAAAGUGACUAUUAGCUGUAAUUUUUUGUGUUCCUUUAAAAAGUAAAUUAAAGCUUUUUGCUAUCAGACAA